UUUCGCUAGAGCAUCGCGCCCACCUGCUCGGGUUUCUUUUGCUCUUCAUUUAGUAGGAUUCUUGGCAAAUUUUCCUCAUCAUGGCGCGAAACAGCGAGAAGGCACAGUCGAUGCUCUUCCGUUUCCGAGCCCAACAGGCGGCGGAUCUCGGAAUCAUUGAUAUCGGACGCACGCGUCGUCCCAAAGCGAUCACCACUGUCGAUACGAUCCCCAUGUGCGAGAAAUGGCGGGGCCAAGUUCUCAAGGAGAUCUCGCGCAAGGUAACGCGCAUUCAAGACCCGAGCCUGAGCGACUACCAGAUCAGAGACCUGAACGAUGAAAUCAACAAACUCAUGCGAGAGAAGUGGUCGUGGGAGAUGCAGAUCCGGAAUCUGGGCGGGCCAAACUACAUGCGCGGCUCCGGGAGGGUAUACGAUGAUGAAGGACGCGAAAUACCUGGCGGAGGGAAAGGGUAUCGGUACUUCGGUCGUGCCCGGGAACUUCCGGGUGUGAAGGAGAUGUUUGAAGCUGCUGCUCGACGGGGGCGGAGGCCUGCCGAGGAGGAAGAUGAAGAGUCCGUUAGGGGCAGGGGAGGGGAUAUUGCGACCAAGAAGGUGGAUGCUACGUAUUUCGGUUACGGGCUGGAGGAGGAAGAUGGAUCGCUGCUAGCAUAUGAGAGAUCAAAGGAGAAGGAGGCCACGGAGAAUCUGCGCCGGCAGGGCGAUGGAGACACUGAGGAUGGCUGGGAACCGUUGCCCGGUGAUGCAGGUGAUGGUUUGGAAUGGAGGCUCCCAACUCUCGACGAAGUGCAAGAGGAACUUGUGGAUAGGAGGCGGAGGAGGCUGUUGGACAAGAUUUCUUAACCUCUAUUCUUUUUUGAAUUUGCUGGUGGAUAGAGGUUACAUGUUUGCAGGUUGUCUUUCUGUCUCUCCGGCGUUUCGAGUGCUGUCUUGUCUCCAUCUUUUUCAUCAUAGGCAUCUUCCGAUUUUCGUUUUUUGAUUUACGUGGAACAAUCUCGGGAGAAGAUAACAAGUUACGGUGAUACCAACAUGGAGU